CGCCUGCGCAAACUGGCACGGUCGAUCCGUCAAAAUGUGCGCACAACCGAAUUCCUGUGGCGCAGAUUUCAUUUUCUUAGUUUGCGGUGUGAAGGACGGAAUUUGAUCUUUCGGCAGUGAAAUCCAAAAGUCUUCUAGCUUUACUUCCAUAAAAAAGUGGUUCUCUGUGCGAAAGUGGCCUACGGUGCGAAGGUGCAAAGCCAUGUGCACCAAAAGUUUGUCGUGCAUUCUGUGCGGACAGCCAAAUUUUCCCAGCAUCGAUGCAUUGCGCGUUAGCCUGCUGAAAGUGACGGCCCGUCCGCUGAAAUGUCCGAUCUGUGGUGACGAGCUGCUCGGCUUAGACAAGCUGACGAUCCACCUGUUCGGCCAUUCGCUGCUUGAGGAUCAACAGAGCGAUCAGACGGCACCGUCUGUCCAGCCGCUGGCCAAAGAUGAGAGCACCGAGGAACGUUACAGUACAACCUUUGCCUCGAGCUCGUUCAAAACGCUUCGCAAGGUGCGAAAAAAGGCAACGCUCGAAACGGAAGCAAAGCACCUGAGCGGGGGCGAUGGCAGCCGGGCAGGGAAAGUGUCGCCAGCGUUUGAAAAUAGCCAGCAUGUCUCCAACGCAAAUCACUGUUCCGAGUGUGAUGUUGCGUUUCGUAAUGCAGCCCUGCUCAAAAUGCACCGGGAAGUUUUUCACGACAGUGGCAACGUGGCCGGAACGGUGCGGGACGGUGCGCUCGACAAGCGCAGCUUCCACUGCCACAUUUGUCCGAAGGAGUUUAAAAUGAAGGGAUCGCUCAAGAUACACAUGCGAGUGGUGCACGACGCCGGUUCGAAGAAGAUUUGUCUGGAGAGUAGUGCGACAACGGACGCCACCGGCAUGGGGACGGGUGGUCCUGAGCUAACCACACCCGGAGACGUCUCUGCCGGAGAUGGUCGCUCUGCGUUAGUAUCGAUGUCGAUGAUCAAUUCACAACCAAAUUUUGCUGUCUUCCAAAGCAAGGACAUGAAUUCCGCGCCGCCUGCCACGGAAGCUCACAUCAUUCAAAUUAUCGAUCCUCGGCAGCUUGCACAAGUAGUUUAUCUUCCUCCGAACAGUACCUCUCAACAGGUCAGCCUUCCGUCACACACGAUUGUGCAGGCUGCUGGCAUGUCUCCGCAGCAAGGAAGGGACAGCUUUUCUCUGCCCUCCUCUCCCCAGCAGCAGCACCAGCAGCAGCAGCAGCAACAGUCAGGGCACGAAAAUACGAAGCAAUGGGAGUGUGAGGUUUGCCGAAAAUCUUUCACAACCAAGUACUUCCUCAAGAAGCACAACCGUCUCCACACGGGCGAGAUGCCGUACACCUGUGGGAUCUGCCACAAAUCCUUCACCUUUCAGCAAUCCUACCACAAGCAUCUGCUUUACCACAGUGACGAAAAACCGCACGUUUGCACCGUGUGUAAUCGAGCCUUCAAGGAGCUGUCCACGCUGCACAACCAUCAACGCAUACAUUCCGGUGAAAAGCCGUUUGCCUGUGAAACCUGUGGGAAAUGUUUCCGGCAACGUGUUUCGUACCUGGUUCACCGACGAAUACACACCGGACUGAUGCCGUACAAGUGUUCCGGGUGUGACAAAAGCUUCCGGUACAAGGUGUCCCAACGCACCCACAAAUGUCCGGCCAGUCCUCCCGGAACAGUGAUGCGCAAAACGGGUGAUCUGUUGCAGAAGUUGCUCCAAUCUUCAUCCAUUCUUCCCGAGGGUUGUUCCGCCGUGCAGCAGGAGGAUAAGGAAGCGAUGCUCAUGAGUGAUGAUGGUCCACUUUGCAAUCUUAUCGGCGAGCCUACGGAGGAGGAUGAGAAACAAACGGCGGAUUAUGUGAACCGCACGCUAGACGAGCUUGUGAAGGGCACGUACGAUAAGCUAGAUAUCGGGAACGCUUCGACAUCCUCCUUGCUGUACGAUCAUCAACUCCAGCCACCGCAGCUGUACAGUGACACUGGGAUGGCUAAUCAGCUGCGCCCUUUAUCAGAACAACCACAACCACAGCCAGCGGGUAGCAGUGAACCGAAUUUUCCCCGGAUCGAAAGUUUGUGUCUUCUCUCGCCCAGUGCCUUCGAUAGUGGUCAACUGGAGGACUUGGAAGGACUAAAGCUAGAUAAUGGUUGGUGAUUGCGACCGUUAACGAUAACUUAUCGGAUUGUUACAAUUAAUUUUCGUUAUCAGCAUAGCAAACAGCUAGCCAAACUUGUAUUUUAAAGAUUAUUUUCGAGCUAAUAGCUGCUUUGUGGAUCGGACGAUCGUAUUGCCUAAACAUAAAAGUGGUAAUAAAAAGAUUAAUGUAUUGUGAAAAAAUAAAAAUACAUCAAAAAUGCACACUCUA